AGGGGUGAGAGAGGAGGACAGAGGGAAGAGUCUGCAGGCUGAUCGCAGUCUCCUACAGUGAUCGGCGUAUGUUGUGUGUUGCUAAACCGCGCUCAGAGACGGAAGCGCGAGAAGACGAAGACGCGCUGGCUCGUCGCGUGCACACUACCUUCCCAGAGCUCUGCACGGACAGGAGAUGGCUUAGCACGCCGGGGCCAGUGUCACACGCAUGCAGAGGUGGAGUGAGUGAAGCGCUCGCCUCCUCUCCUCGCCUCUCCCCGGAUCUCUGUCUGCACGAUGAGCGUGGCUCUGCAGGAUCUGCGGAAUAACAUGUCUAACUACAAGCGUGCAACCUUUGAGGAGGAAGAGGGGUCAGACAUUCCGGCUGAUGGAGCCAUUUCUCCUGACAGCGUGGAGGUGGGUUUCCGGAAAGGUGGGAUCCAGUUGUGUGGUGGAUUAGGACGGAGGACUCAGCUGGAGAUAGUGUUGGCUGCUUUACUCAUGGCCUCUCUGUUAUCACUUUUUGCAUGUGCUGUUACCCUGGGAGUUCACUACAAAAAUGAUCCAUCGUUUAGUCUGUGUCUGACGGAGGCGUGUGUGACAGUCGCCAGUAAGAUAGUGGAGUCUCUGGACCGCACAGUUGACCCAUGUCAGGAUUUCUACCAGUAUGCAUGUGGUGGCUGGAUUCGCAAAAACCCCCUUCCUGAUGGACGCUCGCGUUGGAGCACCUUCAACAGCAUCUGGGACCAGAACCAGGCCAUGCUCAAACAUCUACUGGAGAACGGCACCUUUAACUCGAGUAGUGAAGCAGAGAAAAAAGCUCAGUUCUACUACUUGUCCUGUCUGAAUGAGCAGCGCAUUGAGGAGCUGGGAGCCCAGCCACUCAUCGACCUCAUCACUAAGACUGGGGGUUGGAACAUCACUGAGCCAUGGGAAAAGGAUAACUUCAUGGAGGUGCUGAAGACGGUCUCAGGCCCAUACAGAGCCCAGCCUUUCUUCACUGUGGGGGUCAGCGUGGACCCUAAAAACUCCAACAGCAACGUAAUUCAGGUUGAUCAAUCCGGGCUCUUCCUUCCCUCUCGGGAUUAUUACCUCAAUAAGACUAAUGAGAAGGUUUUAAAGGCAUACCUGGACUACAUGGUGGAGCUUGGGUUGUUGCUGGGAGGAGAUAAGAACUCCACUCAGAAUCAGAUGCAGCAGAUUCUGGAUUUUGAGACGGCACUCGCCAACAUCACUGUGCCUCAGGAUGAGCGCAGGGACGAGGAGAAAAUCUACCACAAAAUCACCAUUGCUGAGCUGCAGACACUCGCACCAGCGGUGGAUUGGCUGGACUACCUGACCUCUGCCCUUUCACCCCUGGAGCUGAAUGAGACAGAGCCGGUGGUCGUGUACGCCAAAGAAUACCUGCAGCAGGUCUCGGACCUCAUCAACAAGACUGACCGCAAUUUGCUGAAUAACUACAUGAUUUGGAAUCUGGUGCAGAAAGGAGCAUCCAGCCUCGACCAACGCUUCGAGAAUGCCCAGGACAAACUACUGGAGAGUCUAUAUGGCACCAAGAAGUCGUGUACUCCUCGCUGGCAGACCUGCAUUGGAAACACAGAUGACACUCUGGGUUUUGCUCUGGGUGCACUGUUUGUUAAAGCCACCUUUGACAAACACAGCAAAGAGAUUGCUGAGGGGAUGAUCAACGAGAUCCGAACUGCUUUUAAAGACGCUUUGGACAACCUCAGUUGGAUGGAUGAACAGACACGACAAGCUGCCAAGGACAAGGCUGAUGCCAUCUAUGACAUGAUCGGUUUCCCGGACUUCAUUCUAGACCCCAAGGAGCUGGAUGAAGUAUAUGACGGGUACGAUGUCUCGGAAGACAACUUUUUCCAGAAUAUGCUCAAUUUCUACAACUUCUCAGCCAGAGUGAUGGCAGACCAGCUGCGCAAACCUCCAAACAAAGACCAAUGGAGCAUGACUCCUCCUACAGUAAAUGCAUACUACAUGCCCACCAAGAACGGCAUUGUGUUUCCUGCUGGAAUCCUACAAGCUCCAUUCUAUGCCCGGGACCACCCCAAAGCACUAAACUUUGGGGGCAUCGGUGUGGUCAUGGGACAUGAGCUUACUCAUGCUUUUGAUGACCAGGGCAGAGAGUAUGACAAGGACGGGAACCUUAGGCCAUGGUGGCAGAACUCUUCAGUAGACGCUUUUAAGAACCGCACAGAGUGCAUGGUGGAUCAGUACUCUCAGUACACCAUCAAUGGAGAACAUAUAAAUGGCAAACAAACCCUGGGAGAGAACAUUGCAGACAAUGGAGGCUUAAAGGCUGCCUAUCAUGCUUACAGGUCAUGGGUAAAGAGGAAUGGGAAGGAGAAGAGACUCCCAGCAGUCAAUCUGACUAAUGACCAGCUCUUCUUUGUGGGGUUUGCACAGGUUUGGUGUUCUGUACGGACACCAGAGAGUGCUCACGAGGGCUUAAUGACAGAUCCUCACAGUCCACCCAAAUACCGUGUCAUUGGCACACUCUCUAACUCUCCUGAAUUUGCGCAGCAUUUCCAGUGUCCACUGGGCUCACCCAUGAACUCAGGCCACCGCUGUGAGGUGUGGUAAGAGCAGAAAAAAGCAGGCCCACCGGUAUGCUUCGCCUUGACCAGUCAGGCGGAUAGACUAUACCCUUUCUCAAGCACUGGACUACUACUUCUUCUUCUUUACAUUUUCCUUGUAGAAUAUGAAAUGUUGCUGGAUAUGAAGCUGAUUUUUGAUGGGUAGUGCCAGAUGAUACACAGAGUGUGUGUCAGCCAUUGUUCGUUUGUCCAGCAACUGAUGUCUCACUCUCCUUCUGCACGGCCACAAAAGCCCACAUGGGGCUGUCCUAUUUAUUAUUUGCUGCACUUGAACUUAAGUGGGGUAUAAUGACAAGGGUGAAGAAGCUUUUUUACACUUGUGGGGUUUUUUUGUGCUUCAGCUGGACAAGCCUCAUUCUCCCAGAAGUUUAAAAACCCUGUGAUAUCAGAGGGAGUGCCUCAUCUCGCUUUGACCUCACAGGAAACAUUGAUUCCAUCUGUGACCUCACAGGAAGUGCCAUACUGUCUCAGUAACUUCACAGGAAGCAUUAGGAAAGGGAACUGCUGAGCUUCAUCUGGCUGGGAGCCCAUGGGACGGAAGUGACAUCAUGCUUCUCCGUAUUAUGAUUUCGCCAAGUGGCUUACAGCUGGUAGUUACUUUGUGAUGGAGGACGGGCACUACUCCGUCAUCCAACCUGUGUGUUAUUGCCAUUUGCUUAUUUACAUGCUGACAAAGUUGAAGUGACCUGGUUGUUUGAAACUGCUCUUUGCCAAAGAAUGUUGGGAUUUUUUUUUUCCUUGUGCUCUGUAUGAAUGUGUAGAAAAACUUUGCUUUUGCUCUACAGUGAUCAUGAAGGGAAUGUGUGUGUGUGUGUGUGUGUGCGCGCGCUUGUUUAUUUUAAGGUCUGUGAAGUUUCUCAUUUUGUGUUGAACCUUCAGUGAUGUCUAGCCUGCUUAACUAAUUUCAAAACAUUAUAAACUUUAUUUUGAGAACCACUCAAGGAAAGGUGAUGCUCCGGCACUGAUGCUUUUCCAAUCCUCCUUGACAUUGUUUCAAGCUGCAUGAGUGAAGUGUAGAGUGCGGGUUAGAUCAACCCAUGAAUUGCUGCUGAGUGCUAUUCUGUCUGUGAUGUACAGUUUAAACUCUGUGAGCAUCUUUAAUUUUACAGUGAAGUGCAGUGCUUCACCAUAAAAUAUUAACAUGGUUAACAAGCGAGUGCAGACAAAUUCCCGUUAUCAUGAAUUUACCACUGAUUUGUCAUUCUAACUGUUCUCUAUAAGAAUCCACAUUAGCAGUUUGGUUGGAGUAUUGCUUUAAUUUUGGUUGGAGUAUUGCUUUAAAGGUGCAGUCAUUAAUAUAGCUGGUGUUAACCUGAAUGUUGGGCUCGUGAACUGAUGAGCAACAAGCAAGGAAAGUAGAGACACCUUCUUAACCUGAUUGGUUGGAUGUUGGCGAUCCACAACAUUGACUCCACUUGUAAUGGCAUUAUGUUUAAGAAGUGCAUUGACUGACCAGCCUCGGUCUCAUACUUUAUAAACGAGAAUGUCACUAGCCACCACUCCAUCACCUCUUCAGCCCAAAGAAAACUGACAGUUUAUGUUUUAAAGCUGCUGAUGUAUGACUUCACUCAUUCACUACCCCUUUAAGUGAAACUUUCUAGUUUCGUCACAUUAUGAAAAGUUAGCACUAUACCACUGAAUUGUUUGAGCCUGAUAACCAUAUAAUCCACAUGUUGUGUCUGGUACAGUAUUAGCUGUGCUGUUUUGUCUGUUGCUACUUUGUUUCGUUCUCCAUCUUUCGUUCAACCAUAAGGCUAGGAUUGUAAAAACUGUUCAACUGUUCUGUCUAACUGGGAGAGGUUUCACGUCACUCCACCUGCCUUAUAAUGCACUUCGGCUGCAGUGUCUGUGUCUCAGUGUCAAUAGUUCCUGAGUCUGUCAGCCUCUUAACGACAGGUCUGGAAUCUCAGGCUACUAUUUUGUCAUGUUGCGCCUCCAUUGUUAUGUGUGCUCAAUGAAACCCCAUUUAUAGAGAGUCCCCAAAGUGCUUUUUAGGCGUGUUUUUGCCUAAAUAACACAAGCUCUUUGAUCUCUGUUUCUGCUGAUGUUCACUAGCUGGGGUUUAAGCUUCACAGUUGUGGUGAGGCAUUUGUGGUUACCCUUAAAUAUCGAAAGAGUAAAAUAUAGAAAUGUAUAAAUGGUAUAAUCUAAAUGGAAACUAAAAUGGAACUUUGAAGUGCUUGAAUGUCUUUAAACAGACAGAAGUGUUCUCUAUUGACCCAUGUGUCCUUUACCAGCCAGUGGUGAAUCUCCUUGGUGUAAAACCGAUUAUUACAGGCUUAUUGUAAAGAUUACACAGGGUUUAGUUCACUGAAACUCUCGGUAAAUGAAAGGCAGUUCCAGGCUGAGCCUUAAGCAGAGUGUGUCAUGGAGAAAAGUGUCCAUUACCAAAUGGGUUUUAAUUCUCAUUGCUCUGAUUUCAUCGUCAUCUUCACACACGUAAGGUCGCUGUUCUGUAAUUUUGUACGUUUCCUGUUUUUUUUUUCUUUUUAAAUAUAUAUUGUGAUUAUUUAAGUCACCAAGUGUACAUUUUCUUAACUGAUAGUCUAUGUUAAUGCAACAUUAAAAUGUAUGGGGUUACACUGAUUGCUUUUUAGUUUAUUUGACAAAAGUGCAUUCUGUCUGAGGACACGCUGCCCAGCCUAUAGUGCAACAUUCCACAUUAAAAAGUAUCAAAGAAACUGAAAUAAAGAUUAUAUAUUAUAAAAACCCCA